AUGAAUGCGCCACUGUUACUAUCCCUCGUUCUAUUACACAAUUGUGUCGUAGGUCACGAAGUCUACGACUGGGAUGUGCUGCUCACAGCAACAAAGAAGAGUGACAUCAUCCCCAUAGGUAAACUGAAUUGUGUCGACUCGUUGGAUGACCUGAUGAACUACACCGUUCAUAUCGCAUGGGAACAAUUCAAAACCGAAUUCGACAGGCAUUAUUCCGAUACCAAGGAAUAUGCCGAACGUAUGGAUGCAUUUUGUCGAUCAUUUCUGCGUGUGAGAGAACACAACAAAGCCUAUGAGGCAGGCCAAGUGACAUUCAAAACGGGAAUCAAUGAAUUCAGUGACUGGCUUCCGAAAGAACGAGAAAAUAUUUGUGGCGGACACGUCCCUGUGAACUUGUCGAACCAUUCUGGUGCGAGAUUUAGAAAAAUUGCUGCACCUCCACCAAAGUCAAUUGACUGGCGCACAAAGGGAGCAGUAACACCUAUCAGAAAGCAAGGUAGCUGUGGUUCGUGCUGGGCAUUUGCAUCCGCGGCGGCCGUGGAAGGACAUGCGUAUAUACACAAUGAUCGACUUGAAGUC